GAGGGGUUUUGGUCUCACUGGAGAGUCCAAUAUGGGAACGUCACAUCCCCCUCUCUCAGUUAGUGUCUCUCCUGGAGGUGGUCCCUGAUGAUAAAGGAGGAGGGGGAGGGGUGGGGUUGAGUCCAUUAGAGAUGUUUGUUGGUUCAUUAUCAUUACUAGUUCACUGGGUGAGGGAGGCUGCUCUGGAUAGAUACAUAGUACACCAGAUGUCACUGGUCUCAGUUGAUAGAGGAGUGUUCUCUUAUAAAACUGAUUCUCUGUCUCUCUCCCUCUCCCUCCAUCCCUCAACAAUGAGUUCAUUAUAUCUAUCACCCAAACCAAUACAAGAUAAUGUUUGGUUACCUGAUGAACUUCAGAUAUUAUCAGACUUCUUCCAUUCCAAUGUCAGUCUAUAUGAUACU